CGUUUUAUACUGACAAUAUAAGAGUCAGUGCUAAUUCAAAUUGCAAUCAAACCGUAUAUGACUACCCGUAUUGUUAAUAGAAUAAAUAUGGAUAUAUAGGUUAAAUGUGGCAUGUUUUUGUAAUAUCUUAAGCAUACUAUAUGUAUAGUAUGUCUUGUUAUAAACUAUAAAUUAAUUGUCAUCUAAGAAUAUUCGUCAUAAGAGCACCUGUAAUGGUAUAAAUAGACGAUUUAUGUGAACUCAUUAAAAGCAAAAUGACAACUUAAUGGAAUUGUACCCGCUAAGUGCAUGUUUAAAGGAAUAUAUUCAAGUGGGAUGUUUGCUUGUGUGUCUUAUGGUUUCUCGGAGUAUACUUAAAUAGUUAUUUAGUAGUCACUCGUUGUGACCAGGGCUUCUUGUAGAGCCCUAAGCGUAGAUGGGGGAGGAAAUAACCCCUAGAAAAACGGACGCAUCUGUUCCACAACUUGAGAAUAAGUUAUGGAAGGCGGUGCAAGAAGGAAAAUUAAAAAAUCUUCAGACGUUCAUUAAUGAUUAUAAGGAGCAUGAUAAAUUCGUUCAAGUAUUAAAUGAUAAUGAUCCAGAAUAUGAAGAAGAUGGUGGUCACGUGGUCAUCUAUUGUACAAAGGAGGGGAGAGAUAAGGGUCCCACGUUCAGUGGCAAAGACUUCGGUGCAUGCAUUUCGUUACUUGUCGAAAAUGGAGCGGACAUUAAUAAAAAGGACAUGGCACAAAAAACUGCCCUAUCUUGGGCCGUGACCUUAAAAUGUCCUAAUUAUGUCACAAAGUUGUUGAAAUUAGGGGCUGACGUGACGCUAUAUGACCAAGAUGGGAACAGCCCCUUACACAUAGCAAUAUAUAAGGGUUACAAAGAUAUAGUAAACAUCAUUUUGGAUUUUAAUCCCAAAGUUGUAAAUUUACGGGAUAGUCAAGGUGUGCCAGCUCUAGUCACUGCAGUCAAGUAUAAACAGUUGGAGAUAUGUCGUCUGCUACUAGAUCAUGGAGCAGAUGUCAAUGCUGCCGAGCAGAAAAACAACAGAACAGCUAUUUAUCAUGCCAUAAGAAACAAGCAUAUAGAAAUUUUAGACACCCUGUUAAAACAUACACCUCGUAUUGACACUGUAGAUUCCGAAGGUCGUUCUAUUUUAUACCUCUGCUGCGAGUCAACUGAUAUACGAUUCUUUCACAAGAUAAUCAGCCAACACCCAAAAUUUUCAACAACGAUAAUGGACCAGCCCGGUGACGAUGAUAAGACACCUGUGAUUGUUGCGUGUCAAAACGGCAACGCUGAACAGCUCAAGUUCCUGCUAGAAAAUGGGGCAUUGGUGACAGCAUGUGAUACCUCGGGGAAGACGGCUCUCCAUCAUUGUGCCGACAACCUAGAGACCCAGUGUGCCGAGAUGCUCCUCGAGAACGACAGUUCGAUCCUCGAGGUGCAGGAUGAGCAGGGAUAUACUGCGCUGGCACUAGCUGUACUGGUGGGCAACGUGAACCUGAUAAAACUGCUGUUAGAAAAAGGGGCAAAUAUUGGUACAGAAGAUAAUGAAGGGCAUACACUAGCUCACUGGGCAGCAGUAUGUGGACACCUGAAGGUAUUAGAUGUAUUAAUACAGAAUAAGGCAAACUUAUCUACGGCUGAUAGUCAUGUUGCCUACCCUAUUCACUACGCAGCUCAGAUGAAUGGUGCUAACUCGGGUAAUACAGAGUCUAGAAUUUCUGAGAAAGUCUUAAAAAAAUUCCUUGAGGCCAAAGUACAGCUAGAUGUAGAAGAUGAUGCAGGGAGACAACCCUUGCUUUGGGCAGCUUGUUCAGGUAAUGCAGACUCCUGUAGAAUGUUAUUGAAAGCUGGGGCUGACAUAAACUCCAUUGACAAAGAUAAUCUGACAGAUGAACUGAGAUUUCCCGCCCACUGUGCCGCUAUUAAAGGUUGCCUGGAUACUCUCAAGUUACUGGAGAAAGAGAAGGUUGAUUUAUGGCACCAAAAUAAAAAGGGAGACUACCCAAUACAUGAAGCUGCACAAAAAGGACACAUAGAUGUUGUCAAGUAUUUAAUGCAGCAUAAGAAUGUUGUAAAUGUGACAAAUAACGUUGGUAAAACUCUCCUUCACAUCGCCGCGGCAACCAACAAUUUUCCUCUUUGCAAGCUUCUCAUUAAUGCAGACUGUAACAAAAAUGCACUCAUGAAGCAUCAAGGCAAAGAGUUCACACCUUAUGACCUUGCAGUUAUAAAAGGAUAUAAGGAAGCUGCAGAUUAUUUGAAACAAAAAGGAGCUCUUUCCUAUGCUGAUCUUUCAAAUACUGAAAAACGAGAAUCAAAAUCUGCACGAACACGUAAACCUAAUGUAGAACCUGUGAAAGAGGAAACAGAAAAGAAGGGAAAGAAGUCUCCAACUAAAGAGGCUGGUAAAACUUCACCAGCCAAAGAUAAAAGCGACCAAGAAUCAAAAACUCGUCCUAAAUCACCUGUUAAAGCAGUAGCAGCUGUAUCAGCAAACGAAAAAGAAAAGGAGAAAAAAGGUGAAGAAGAAGAAAAGGCAAAGAAAGUUUCACCUUCAAAGACUCCUUCACCAGCCAAGGGUAAAGAAAGUCCAGCAAAAUCUGACGGAAAAGGAAGUCCUACAAAAUCUGAGGGAAAAGGAAGUCCUGCAAAAUCAGAAGGAAAAGAAAGUCCAAAAGGAUCUGAAGGCAGAGAAAGUCCUGAAAAAUCGGAAAGUCCUAAGCUUGAUAAAUCAGUUGGUAUUGACAAAUCUUCUGCUGCUGUAAACACAGAAAAACAACAGAAAAAGGGGAUAAGUAAGAAACCCAGUGCUGAUUCUGUAUUGGAAAAGGAAGAUGGUAUAAGGACAUCAAAUGUUUCGCUGAGAUCAGAGGAAUCACCUCUUACCAAGGAUGUUAGUACACAGAAACAAGGUCCAAGACUGAGAGACGGGAGUACUUCACCAAUGGGUCAGUCUCAAGGAAAGAAGAAGGAGAAGGAAAAGGAGACGGGAAAAUAUGUUUCUCUUGAAAGAAUCGAACCAAGUAAGAAUGACGAUGAUGCAGAUAGUCAUCCUGAAAGAAGAAAUAGAACUGGUAGAAAAACACCAAGGAGUAGAGUAGGGUUUAAUGAUAAUGAUGAUAGUGGUAAUGAAACAGAUCCAAGCCGUUCAAGAUCUAGACAUGGCAUGCAUAAAAGUAAAAAACCUUAUAUUGAUCAUGUACGAGCAAGUGUUCGAAAAUAUCAAGACAAAAGAAACUAUUCUCGUAGUUUGAAUCAGUUGAAACGUGCACAAGUGCAUACUGGACCAAUGCAUGAUAUUGUUAUGUUCAGUAAAAUGAUGGAUAAUUAUCGGCGUGGUUUGAUGGGAGAUGAAGAGGACAUUGACCUUCGGAACUAUGCUAACUGGGAUGGUUAUCUCAAUGUAUGCAAACAUUGUCGGCAGAUGAGAAAUCGACCACAAUCAUCACCAGUUAAAAGGAAACAUUUACUGAUAUAUGACCUAGAGCAAUUACGAUUUGUAUCACACCUGUAUAAUGAGGAUGGUACAGCUACACCUCGUGAAGUACAGGAUAUGGCAAAGGAGCACCAUAAGAUGUUAGAGACUGAGGCUAACAACCGCAAAAAGGACUCUGAAAAUCGGUGUGAAAAAAUGACCAAAGAAGAGGAGUUCCAGAGAAAGAAGAAUAUGGACAUGGAUAAGGAGAUCGACAGUUUAGCUACUCGUACAGCGGAAAUGUUUGACAAUGUUAAAACUGGGGCAUCAAGUAGCUUAGCUAGUGCUAAAUCACGCAAUACUAAAUUACGAGAUGAAAUAAGAAAGUCCCGAGAAGAGAGAAUUUUGAACACAACAGAUCCCCAUGAAAGAGAAUUGCUUCAAAGACAGCAACUUGAAGAUCAGUUAGCAGAUCAACAACAGCAGAUAGAGCUGGAGCGUAAAGAGAGAAACAGGACAUGGCAUCGUCGUAAAGAUGAAGACAUGAGAAAAAAGCUUCUUCAGGCGUAUAGACCUUACUUUCCUAAUGAUGUAUUCAACAAAAAAUCAGUACAAAAUGGUAGGCUAACGCCUUUACCUGUAACACCAAGGCCAAAAACACAAAAAAGAACCAAAGUUAAAGGAGUUUGUAUAUCUGGCGGUAGAGUGAAAUCAGCAGGUCGAUUGAGGGUUGAGUCUUCCCCAUCACCCCGCCCAAGACGACCAUUCCAGUCACCCCGUCCUAGCUCUACGAAGUCAGGCACUACAGAGAGUAACUAUUCCUCUGCUCAGUAUAGGUUAAAAGAAGAGAAAAACCAAGUUCAGAUGACACCAUAUGGUUUACGUAGAGUCAGAAAUCAAGAAAGACCGUCUUAUGAAGAGGUAGAGGCCGAGCUGGCAGAUGCCAUUUUCUUUAGUCCGAAUCGGUGCACUAAAUCAGCCGAUAUUGCAGCGAACUGGAGUCGCAAAUACGACGGCAGUAUCCGGCCACGUACGAGUCUUGUAUUUGUGGAGCCACGCGUUUACGACGAUUUAUUACGGGAAGAGAAGGACGCCAAACAGUUAAUCUCGUCGGACGUCCGCCGGCAUCUUACUAACGGCGAUGUUCAACAUGAAAAACUGCCAAACGAUGAUGAUUCAUUUUUAGGGUCGUGAUGGAAAAUUGUACACUUUAUAUACACAUUAUAUCGCCUAUCCUUAUUAUAGUGAUAUGGAAGAGAAAUAAAAGGUUAAUUAAAUUUCAGAUGCAGUUCACCUUUUGUACUGUAUGUGACAGCAAAAUACAUUGUUUGCAGUUAAAUGUAAUUAAUACGCUGUGAUCAUGACUUUUGCAGGGAUUCUUCACUUUUAAGGUUGUGUUUGAAAAUUUUAUUUUAGAUAUGAGGUUGAACAAUCUUGGAUCACUGUCCAAUCUUUGCAAAGGACAUACUGCUAUUGGCAGAUUUCGGAUUGAAUUAUUUCUUUUUUGAAUUUACGUUUUUAAGUUACGUAAACGGUAGCCCCGGCGAGUAUUUUAUAUUUAUAUUAUUUGUACAUUUUAGAUAGAAUUUGUGUUACAUUCCUGAAACAAUAAGAGACCGAAUUAGUUGGUUAUUGUUUGUUUUAUUUAUUUCUGUGAUACACUGACUUGUGAUAUUUAUUUCUUUAUGUUUGAUUUGAUAAUUAUAGUAUGAUAAUGUGGUUCUCUGUGAUAAAGUUAUACAGAUACAAUGAUAAAAUGACGUUCAAUUUACAAUUAAGCCUCGACCUCUUAGAUUUCCUGUCUCAAUGGCUUGAUUUAUCAAUAUGAUAUACUACAUAUAUAUAAACCUGACUGUGACCAACUUACUUAUCAUGGUCACAAACGCACUUGAAAAUUCGACCAUCAUUACACUUAGACAUAGACAAAAUCUUUUUAAAGACCAAGAUUUAGAAAAAUGAUUGUGUUUUGUUUUUAAUUUGUUCAUAUUCAUACCACUUUGUCCUUAUUAUGUAAGCAUACAAAUAAUUCAGCUAUUUUAUAAAUGUUCAACCGCAUUUUUAAUUGAUACAAAUACUGUUGUUAUUUAGCCAUUUUGAAAUAUUAUAUAAUGACAAUGUUACAGUAAAAUGAUUAUGCAGUGAUGAAAAGAAAUAACACCGUUAAAUAUUGUUGACGGAAAUUAGAAAGAUAUCCAACAUUUAUCUGUGAUAAAAAAAUUGUCCCAGUUUAUUUUUUUGUAACCCAGUGUUCUUUAUCAUUACUUAAAUUAUUUUCAUUACUUUGUAAUCUUAACGCAUGAAAUUACGUGCACUAAUCCGUCCAGCCAUGAUGUUAGAUUGUUGACGAAAGUGUGUUUUCAAUAAGUAUUCAGAAAAGUUUAAUGGGCACAAGAUGGAAAGUUGCAUGCAUAAUAAAGUUCAAUGAUAAUAUAGGUAUAUAUUUAGAAUAAAGUGAUAAGAUAAAUAUGCUACUGUAAUGAUUAACAAUAAAGAUGCUUCAUACAUUAUAUAA